AUGAAUCCUAAAACUCAAAUUAGGCAUGACGUUUCGAUUGCAGAGGAAAUUCAAAAGUAUGUAAAGUUCUUGACAGAGAGCCCCAAAGAGGUAUUAUCAGAUGCAGAGGAGGAGGAAAUGAUUAGGUUCAUAUUGGUGAAAACUUCGUCAAUCCCAUUCACAGAGGAAGCUGCCCUUCAGUAUGUUGGCCAUCUCUACAAAAAAUCUGUUGAAGAUCAUUUGGCAAAUCUUCAUACAACAAGCUCAAAUAAUUAUGAUGAUGAGAAUAAGUUUGAGAAGAAAAUUGACAAAAUUGAAGGUUUAUUUGUUCAACUUCUACAUACAAACAGCCUUUUCUGGGCCACCAAGCUCUCCAGUUGGGCCUCAAGUUUGUUGGGCGAAAUUGGUCAGGAAUUUUCAACUCAUAGUAAUAUAGUUUUGCUGUCAUCUGGUCUGAACAUGUUGAAUGAUCUUCUGCUACUAUGGACCAGUUGUUAUGCUACAAGAUCUCUCGUUCAGAUUCUGGCUAGAUGUAUUAAUUUAUUAUCAUGCUUUCCGAGGCAGGUCAUUAAAAGAAUGCUCCACUGUGGCCUCAAUGAUUAUUUCAUUAAAAAUUACCCUAGCAGUAUUAACAAUAACAAUAAUAAUAAUCAUAAUAAACAAAUGAUGUUUAAAUCAUCAUCAUCGUCGUCUCUGAUGAAAUCAUCAUCAUCAUCGUUGUCUUCAUCAUCGUCAUCGUCUCAUUUGAUGAAAAUGCAAGCUGCCGCUGCUCUGGCCGAUAGAGGAAUACAAAAAAUACCAUCUGUUAUUGGUAUUCUCGGCUAUUUAUCGUUGCACCAUUCUUUUACAUUGGAAUUGGCUGUGCUGAAUUUGAUUAGGUGCAUUGUACAUGUUGUCAAAAUGCAUUCUCAAUAUGGACUGCUUAUUCUUGAAAAAUCAAACCAUCAAGAAAAAAUGAUGAUCGACCACGAUGGCGAUAAUAAAAACAUAAAAACCAAUAAUAAUAAUAAUAAUAAUAAUAAUAAUAAUAAUAACGUUGGUGUUAAAAUUGCCAUGGAGAGAGAGAUAUUGUUGAAAGAUAUCUCAACCAUGUGCCAGCAUUUACUAAACCAGGUAUGUGUACAACUGCAGUCGGCAACAUACACUCAGCUUGACACCCUUGUCUUUUCUGUUGAGAUUCGAUCCUUUGCUUCACUGAAACAGGACAUUCUAGAUUUGUGUGACUUUUACAUCAAAUUAUGCUGCAAUAAUAAUAAUAAUAAUAAUAACGGUAUUAAUAGCCGAGAUAAUGUGACUACACUGAGUUCAAUGUGGAUUUACAAGCUGUUGACCUGUGCCUGCCUGCACGAACCACUAUCAUCUGCCAAACCUUCCACCGUUUUAGCUAGGGUCUUCAUAAGAUCACGCGGCAAUUUUGACGGGUUUUCCCAGCUGUUACUUUCACUUUCCAUAAAGCAUCCAGCCAUCCUUGAUGACUGUGUGGAUAAAAUUAUGGACUUCACAGCAGGCAAUUCAUUCAAAAGAGAUAGAAAGAUAGGGAGAGUAAUACAGAAUUUGUACAUUCGCUGCUCUGAGGAAGUUAAAUCUGAUAUUACAACGAGACAAACAGUCAUAUCAGUGUUGAAACGUCGACACCUAGAAAGUAUAGGCAAUCUCAUAUCUUCAUACUCCACUGAUGUCCACAGGAACUUCAACAGGUCCUCAACGCUGCUCAAACUUUUUAACUUGGUUCAAAUGUUUGACAGCAGCAGCAGCAGCAGCAACAACAAUAACAACAACAACAAUAAUAAUAAUGUUGAUUGUUGUGUUGCGGUGUUGUUGAGAAUUUCUGACAUACUCAUCGAAUGUUUUUUCAGAUGUAUUCUUUUGAAAGAUCUCUCCAAAAGACAGCAAAUAUGUUACGACUGCAUCAGAGUACUGAAAUAUCUAUGCACAGAAAAUGCACCAACCCAGAUUAAAACUAUUAGAUCUAUCGUUAAAAUAUCUUUGUUGGAGACACACUGGCCGGCAGUGACGACAACACUAAACAGGCAGUUACUAAUACAGUUGCUCUGGGAAUGUUGCUUCAGAAGAGUUAACAACAAAAACAACAGCAAAAAUAAUAACAAUAAUAAUAAUAAACAAAACAACAAUAAUAACAAUAAUAAUAACGACCUCCAAAUAACCUCAGAAGUAAUUAAAGCCAUGUCGUCCGUACUGAUAGAAAUCGUCAUGCCAGACAUUCUGUACAACGGACUUCAGUGGCCCGACGAAGAUUUUAUUAGGGUCACGGUCGAAAGGGAUUUGUCAGUCCAGAGGAAAUUUGAAAAGCAUCCUAUAAUUUGGGAUUUUCUAGAUUUCUUAGCAAGCAACGGAAAUGGACUUUGGUACUGUUCUUGCAUAAUAAGAAGCCUACUAUCCUGUCUGAUUCUACAAUGGGAGUCUACGAGGAUGACCUCAGCCUCCGAACUUCAAGGUCAGAUCAAGUUCACCAUGAAGGUUAUUGACUUGAUGAAGAAGGGAAUAUUCUCCGAUGCCAGGGCAGAAACCGCAAAUAAGUAA